AUGGCUGCAUUUAUGCCUCUCUUGUGUUUCUUGUCUGCUGGACUUUGGGCAUUCAUUAUUGCUGCUGCUGCAGCUGACUUUCCAGCUGGACUUUCAGCUGGCCUUCUUCCAGCUGGAUUUUUAGCUGGCUUUCAGCUGGUCUUAUCGCUUUUUAUGCCUUUCAGCUGGUCCAGCUUGGGGGUCUUGUCAAUCAAGGUUUUAUUAUGCUGCUGUGGCUUUGAUGGGCUGUUUUUUCUCAUGGCCCUUUUUCUGCUCGCUGCCGGGGCUUCUGGUUCUUGCUCGACGCUGCACUGGUUUAAAGGUGCUCUUUGGUUCUGCUCAACUGAUUUUCAGCUGGACUUCCAGCUGGGCUUUCAGCAGGUUUUUCAGCUGUUUUUCAUGUUUUGCGCCAUUCAGCAGUUCCUUUGGGCCUUGGGCUUAUGUAGAAGUUUUUCUUUGUUUUUCUUUUAA